GAAAAGGCUCGCGUGUGACGCUAAGAUGUUUGCGUCUUGAAAUAGCGAAUGAGCAGGUCUAGGCGUGGACAGUUCCUCCCGCUGCGGUUCACAGACUUAUUUAGGUAUGAAAAUGUCGCGGUAGUUAAGUCGAAACGGCACGCACCGGCAGCAUGCAUCCUGCGGUCUGUGACCAUUUAUGCAUGGCGCUCGAGCACAAGGAACCUGGAAGAUUGCUGUAAGAGAGUUUUGCUUGGGUUUCCUGGCUUCCCCGCGUGGUAAUUGAACAAUCCUCUUUAGCCCUUCGAACAUGUUCUCCUUUCGUUCGCCGCCACGUUUCUGUCUCGAGGAGUAGCGUCCCCAUUUGGGAAUUCCCCAAAGCCACAAAAACGACGCAGAACCUCUGUUCGCCGGGGUAGGACUGUGCGACGUCAUUUCCCUGGCCGCAUUCCACGUUUUAUCGUGGUUGAUUUUUGCCUUUCCCUGAAUCCUUUCCGUGACUUAAUUCCCCAAGCGUGCUGUGCGCGUCCCAGUCCUCUCGGAGUCGAAGUUGAGUGUCGAGGAGACAGAGCCGAAGAAGCCUUUCAGGACGAGACAGGCAAUAUGUGCCGCAAAUCCACAGUUCGUCGCUUCUAGGAUUUGUGUCCCGAAACCGGGCCGAACGAUUUCCUGCGUGCGUCCACUUUGGCAACCGAAGAAAGACGGCUUUCCUCGAAGAGCCCUUCUUGGCUGCUUUUCCGGAAACUCCCGCGCAAAAGCGUCGCUCCCAAAACGCAGAUUGAAACGCAAGCAACCCGUCAUCACUCCCAAGAGCUACGCUUCUACCCCAUUUCUGUCGGUGUUCAGAACAACUCAUCGACAGUCGAAAUAGGUUCUUUGUAAGCGCGGCAACCGACCUCGACGUUGACGGCGGGCUAUCGGAUUUGUACGUCCUUUCCCCUACCCCAGUUGUUUCCGGGGAGUUUUCCGGCUUAUUUUCUCCCCCUUUUCGUCGAGACCGCCUUCUUGGUUCUCCUGCGUUCGCCUGCUGCCGUUUCUUUUUCCUGCCUUUCCCCGUCAACCUCGUCCCCUGUUUUCAACUCUGAACUGGGACGUGGUUCUUCGUUGGCGCAUGCACAGCCGUCCGGUGUCUCGUUUUUUUCGCCUUUGCCUUCCUCCGUUUCUCUCACCUGGCUUUCCUGCAAUGGUUUCUUCCCGCCCCUCCAGGAAUUGGCGCGUGCACCCACGCCCUUCGCUGUAUCCGCUGUAAAGAAAAGCGUUUUCCGUUUCCCCGUUGGAGCCUGCAUGCUGCGCCACAACCAAGCUGCCCCGCGACGCUUCUCACGAGUGCAGAGUCGACAAACGAAGAACAAGUCCGGCACAAGCACCCGAGAGUCAAGAAGGAAGCCAUCAAGAGACGAACAAGAAUUCACAUGCAGAGAUUCGGCGUUUCUUGGCGGGGCACUGACAGAGCAAAGAAUGUUUGUGGGCGGCUCUCCGCCGGAGGAGGUCAUGGGGGCUGCGGCAGGUACCCAGAAGAGCGUUGAGGAAGAUUUUUCAAACAUGCAUGCGAACCUAGGGAUCGAGGGCUCUUCUUCGAUGGACGCAGCCGCGAAGAGACAGUUCUGCGGAGCUGAGGCGCCAGUCUCCGUCCGUCUUGCCGGGGACGACGUCCACGCAGGUAGGGUGGCAGCCUGCCAGGGCGACGGGAAGCCGUUCGACGGUGACCGUGCUUCUUGUUCUUCUCUCUCGCUUGGAGCGUCGAAACCUGCGGUGCAUGGGCAGGUUGAGGGAGACGACUUGCCGCAAACAAAGAACCGGAGGGAAGAAGAGACAGACGCGGCGAGGCAGGAUAUGCCAACGCCCUCCCCUCUCUCGUCUUCCUCUUCUGGACGUCCUCCGUCUUCCUCCCAGCGGCCUGUUGCGUGCGUUGCGCCUUCCGAUUCGUAUGAAGAGCAGGCGCGUGACUGUGCGUCUGCGCCCUCGCUGGAGGAAGAGGAGGCACAUCGCUCUGUCACUCGAGAGUUAGGUUUUAAGGGCAUGCAGGAGUCGAUUCGCGACCCUGAGAGAAGUUCGCUUUCUCCUUCAGCUUGGGGAAACCCCCCAGGCUCCCACCUGCUUUCGGAGAGUGUCGGGAGCGCCGACGGCCUGAUGCAUGCGCUGUCGAGGCGAGACAGAGGGAAAGGCGACAUUGCAGUCGCGAGCCGCUUGGACUCUCUCGUCGCCGAGUCCGACGCGUCGACUGAAGCCGCCUUUCGUGUCGAGAAUGAAGCGCAAAACAGAAGUCCUUGCUUCCUCCUGCAAGGUCUUGUCGACGCGCUCGCUCCUCGGGAGGCACAGAUCUCCGUCCACGUCGCUGAGCAUAUUCCCGCCCUUGAGUCGGCGAUCCUUCGCUUUGCAACGAACCGGGCGAAGCUUCGUUUCUGCGAGUUGUUUCUGAGGGGUUUGAAAGCGCGGAAACAUUCCCCUUCGUGGUCUUUCAUGAUUCCGGGCGUGGUUAGUCCCCAGACUGGCCUCAUUUUCGCGUCGGGAUCACCCUUUCACUGGCCCCUGGGUCUCGCGGGCGCCAUCGUGGAGGCGGAAGAGCGCGCCGAGCGAGCCUUGCUGGCGGUCCAGGGCCGCAGUCGCGCCGCCGGCGGUUCGCCCGUGUCUCCUCUCAUGGAAGCGAGGGGCGCGGUCGGAGAGAUCCAGGCGGGAAGUCCGUGGACAGGCCUCUUGCCCGACGGCGCCGGCGGCCCAGAGAGCGCAGGCGGCGCCAGCCGCAAUCCGCCGUGCGACUGCCUGUGUCUCUGUCACGUGACGCGAAACAAAGAGGCGAAGAAAGAGGUGAUUUCCGAGGUUGUGGAGAGGUCUUUCGCACCCGAAGCCAUGCCUUCGCAUGCAAGUGUGUCGCGCCUCACGCAGGAGUCUCGCUGGAGCCAAGAAAAGACGCAGCCUACGGGGGUCUGCGGUCCUGGCUUACAGCCUGAGGCUUCGCCUCCUGGGUGGCCUAGGCCUUCUAGAGGGUGCUCCCGGGAGCACUCCGACGUCUCCUUGGUGUCUUCUGUUCCCGCUGCUUGCGCCGCGGACUCUGCCGCCCUCGUGUCUCCAGUGGGGUACAGCCACGCAGAUCCGGCCUCGGACUUUGCGUUAAUUUCCUUCGUCUUUUCUGCGGGUCCGCAGGACGAUCACUCGCCGUCGGGGUCCCACACGGAGGCGGGAGAUCGGCGGAGCAUGCAUCGGGGCAGCGAGACGCCUUCUUGCCUGCAUAGCUCUCGCAGCCAAACGAGCAACAACGGCGAAGAUGCGUCAGCGGAGGUCGCCUUUCCUCUGGAGUCCGUCGAAGCCGACGUUGCUGUCUCCCCGCCCUCGAGUCGAAAAGCUGAGGGGGCGACAAACGACGCUGGGGUCCCCGGCGGCCCUUGGCUGGUCCGUAGAAGGCACCGGCGCGACCGCGGCGAGGCGCGAAAGGCGGAGACGCCGGAAGCUGGCCAGGGCGACGACGCUCCGACGCAUGCAGCAGUUUCCGCCGACAGGGGGGAGAACGGGACACGGGAGGUACAAGAGAAAAGGGAGAAAAAACGCGGAGGAAAGGCGAGUCGAACUGGGCGAACUCGCCGGAAAAACAAACCCAUCACCAUCAAGUCCUACGUCGUCUCCAGUGACACUUGGCAACUCGGAUGCAUCGAGUACGGCAGUCACAGCAUGUCUGGCCAGCGGGCGUACAACGAGGACCGCGUUUGUGUCGUUCCCUCAGUCGAUGUCUGCACUCGCGAAGGGUGUUGCAAAGCACACACCAAGGCGAUGUUUUAUGCCGUCUACGACGGCCACAACGGCGAGGAAGCAGUCAACUACGUUCAAGAGCAUCUCCACAAAAAUAUUUUUCGGUCGCGCUCCUUCCACGGGGAUGUGUCGAAAGCGAUUCGUGCAGGGUUUAUCGCGACCGACAACGCUUUGCGUUCGAUGGUGAUGGAAAAGAUCCGGGGCGAGGGAUUUGAGGACCAGGAUAUCUCCCCCUUCUCAAGCGGCACGACGGCGUGUACGGCGGUGGUCCGCGACAUGCAACUCUACAUUGGAAAUCUUGGGGAUAGCCGAUGCGUUUUGUCUCGCGCCGGUCGCUCACAUCUCAUCACUGUGGAUCACUCGUGUCGGACGAACGCGGACGAGCAGCAGCGCGUCCGAGAAGACGGCGGCCACUACGACACCGAUGGCUACCUGAACGGGGCGAUUGGUGUCUCAAGGGCCUUUGGCGCGUUCGACAAAAACUGUGGACAGAAACUCUCUGGGUUGACGUGCGAGCCUCAGAUUCACAAAGAAACGCUACGAAGAGAGGAUGAAUUCAUGAUCAUCGCAUGCGACGGUGUGUUCGACGUGAUCAGUUGCCAAGAGGCUGUGAAUUGCGUACGUAAGCAUCUGAGAGGAGGCGGGACGGCAGAGACGGCAGCGCAAGCCCUGUGCAAGUUUGCGUUCGAGCGGCGGUCUCUCGACAACCUUUCUGCCGUUAUCGCUGUCUUCCAGCCCCCCGAGCGUCUUCAACAUAAAGACAAAAGACCUGCGGACUGGACUCCUACCACCCCCGGACUCGGCGAAGAAAAGGCUGCCACAGCAGAGGCCAGACCUUCGAGCUCGUCACGGUCUCCUUUGGCCGCCACCCAAAGUGGAGCCUCAGCUGGAGACCGCACUGGAGUCUCCGGUGGAGGGUCAGGCGCUGCAGGCAGCGGCGGGGACAGGACAGCCGCGGGCGAAGGACCACCCCGAAGGCGGAUCAACUUCGCCGCGCUAAAGGGUCUGUUGUAGAAACACGAGCUGCUAAAGAGCGGAACAACUUGUUGAUGCUAAUGGCGCCGACUAGUGCUUUCUCGGGGGGCCUGUGCUGUCAGUCUUGCCUUGUCGCCGAGUCCCGCCAACAGUGGCGAGGUUGAACAUCACGACGGGCAGGCAGUUUGUAUAUAUAUCCACACUUCGUUGACGUACCGGAAAAAACGAGGUCGAGAGACGGACUCUCCCGGCGCCACAGUUACGCAGCAAUGCGCUAAAAGGACCAGACACACUAUACCAGUAGUGAAGUGUAGGAUAACAGUCACGGCUCGAAAGAACUGUGUUGAGGUCGAGCCGCCGGUAGCCACAGGUUCGUGUAGUGGAAGGCUCGCGGCUUGUUCAGUGUUGGCACUCAAUACGGCAAGAUUUUUUCGUACGAUUUUCGGUGGUUCCGGCGCUGAAUUUGGAGACACAGUUUUGUGUCAACCUAGUCUCCGCUCUGUCCCCCUAGUUACGCACGAAGCGUAUUGUUUUGCACUCUUUGAAAUUCUCCAUCGCGCCCCCAGAAGCCAGCAGGCGGAGAGGUCCUAGAACGGCAAGUUGCCGAGGUGGUGAUCCGAGUUGCAGAGGGUAGAAACAUUGUCUCUUGAUGCAUGUGUCGAGGCAUAAAUAGCUUGCGCAACCGUUUCACGCGAAGAGGCUGGAGUAGCUUACAACCCGCGAGUGUCCUGAGGCAUCUGUACACCUCUUCUUCCUGUUGGUCAUAACAAUGAACACGUAGGGCAGUAGCUGCCGGAGCGGGCGGUGACGCAGACAGCCAAGACGAGGCGGCUUUGUACAAACAUCGAGACUACACGCCAGCUUCCGCGUUUCAAGGCUGUGGCCAAUUGACUUCUCGUGUGCACACGUGCAUGUUCUGUAUGUAUGAAAAUGGCUGUUGUGUCGCUCACACGACAGGGAGGAACCUGUCAAAAAGGUAUCCUCUUACGCCUGUGUCCCGGAUACCCAGUGUCGUACGAUUCCUUUUGGGCACGUGUGCUUGCGACAUCUGCUGAACUCUUGGGGGCUCCCCCUUCAAACAUGUACUGCU